CAAGUUCAUUAGAGAAGGAAGGAAUGUAAACUCAUGGGCCGAGUUUGGCCCGAGGCCUGACCCUCAAAAUUCCAUCAUGAUUAUCCAUCACCCUCCCUUCGCAAUUGUGGAUUCCCAAUCCUCACCAACCAAACACACCCAAGAUCAACAAUCACAUUAUCUUCCUCAUUCUCUCUCUUACUUUCCAAAUCUCAAAUUUGGGUUUGUUCUCUUCCUUCUAGGACACAUAAAUUGCCAAUAAAAUCUAUCCUUGUCUUUUCUUGGUGUUUUCACAAUACCCAAAAGUUUAUUAUUUGCUUGGGUUUUAUCACCAAAUAUAUGGCUUUUUUGCUUUGUAAGGUGUAGAACAGUUUUAUCAGUCAUAUUUAAUUUUUUGUGGUUUGAAAUUCAUCAAAUGCGGUCAAUGAUUUGGGUUUUUUUACACUGUUGCAAUGAUUUGGGUGUUAAUUGAUUGUGUAUUGGAGGAUUUCUCAUUGUAUAUGCAGGAUUAUUUGCUGGGUGAAUUUCGAAUGAGAUGAAGAGCAUCAGGGAUUGGGUGUUUGCUCAAUUGGUUUCGGGUUCAUUUGUCCUGCUAAGGCCUUUGUCCACCAGUCGUCUGGAAGAACCCAAGAAUGAGGAGUUUACUUCUUCAGGGUCCAGACAAAAUGAUGGCACAGUAACUGCUGAUGUAUUGCAGUCUUCCAGCACCAGCCUAGAAAACUCGAUGGAAGUGUCUUCACAGCAAGUUCAUGUUGAUGAUGUUUCCUCUUAUUGUAUCAGUGGUGGGAAAAAGUUGGAUCCAUUGUCAAAGAUUCAGGCUCUUCAAAUUAAUUUCUUCCGCAUCGUACAAAGGCUCAAUCAAUCACCAGAAGAUAUACUUGUGGCUAAAGUUUUAUAUCGUAUCCACUUGGCCACUUUGAUAAGAGCAGGGGAAUCGGAUUUGAAUAGAAUUAACCUAAGAAGUGACAAAGCUAGGGCUUUAGCAGCAGAACAGGAGGCUGCUCGGCGACCCCCACUUGAUUUUUCUCUUAGGAUACUUGUUUUGGGAAAGACAGGUGUUGGUAAAAGUGCUACAAUAAACACUCUUUUCAAUCAGACAAAGGCAAGAACUAAUGCUUUCAAGCCUUCUACGGAUCGCAUCCAAGAGGUUACUGGUUCUGUGAAUGACAUUAAAAUAACAGUUAUUGACACUCCUGGUUUCUGGCCUUCCUCUUCUCGUAAUAUGAGAAGAAACAAGAAAAUUAUGCUUUCCAUAAAAAAAUAUGUCAAGAAAAAUCCACCAGAUGUCGUUCUGUAUCUUGAACGGCUCGAUACCAUGAGCAAGGGGUAUAAUGACUUCCCACUCUUGAGGCUUAUGACAGAAGUUUUUGGCUCUGCGUUGUGGUUCAACACUAUUCUUGUCAUGACGAAUGCUGGUUCAGCACCUCCCGAGGGUCCCACUGGGUCUCCCCUCAAUUAUGAAUCGUAUGUAACCCAUUGCACCGACCUGCUGCAACGAUAUAUACAGCUGGCUAUUUCUGAUACCAAACUCGAAAAUCCUAUAGUUUUAGCUGAAAAUCAUACCAACUGUAGGAAAAAUACCUCCGGGGAGAGAAUACUUCCAAAUGGACAGAACUGGAAACAACAUUUGCUACUACUGUGCACGUGCACUAAGGUGCUUGGUGAUGCUAAUUCCCUCUUGGGGCUCCAAAACAGCAUUGAACUUGGGCCAUCUAAUAGCUCUCGGCUGCCUUUGCUGCCUCAUCUGCUUUCAUCUUUUCUCCGUCAACGCCCUCUAAUGACUGAUGGAGCAGAUGAAGUUGAUGAACGUUCUUUUUCAGAUGAUGAAGACGAUGAGUAUGAGCAGUUACCACCUAUACGCAUUCUGACAAAACUGCAAUUUGCGAAGUUGAGUGACUCUCAGAAGAAAGAUUAUCUGGAUGAGCUGGAUUACCGGGAAAUUUUAUUUUUGAAGAAGCAACUUAAGGAAGAGUCACGCAAGAGGAAAGAGAGAAAGCUUUUAGGGGAUAAAAGCAUGCCAAAUGACGACAGUACAGAUGUUCCUGAUGUAUCUCCAGAGGCUGUACAGCUGCCUGAUUUUGCUAUCCCUCCAAGUUUUGACUGUGAUUCUGCAGUAUAUAGAUAUCGAGGUUUUGUGUCGAGUGACCAAUGGCUCUGGAGGCCUGUGUUGGAUCCCCAAGGAUGGGACCAUGAUGUGGGCUUUGAUGGGGUGAGCUUAGAAACAGCUCUUGAAAUCAGAAGGAACUUAACUGCUUCAGUUUCUGGACAAAUGAGCAAGGACAAGCAUGAUUUUAGUAUUCACUCCGAGUGUGCUGCUGCCUAUACUGAUCCCAGAGGCCCGACAUACUCCUUAGGCCUUGGCAUUCAGUCAUCUGGCAGUGAUAUGAUCUAUACUGUGCGAAGUCAUGCAAAAACAGGAAAUGUGAAGCAUAAUGUUGCUGGUUGUGGAGUUUCUAUGACAUCAUUCCAGAACAAAUACUAUAUCGGUACUAAGCUUGAAGACUCUCUUCUAAUCGGCAAAAGGCUGAAGUUUGCAGCAAAUGUUGGUAGAAUGGAGGGUGGCGGGAAAGCUGCGUGUGGUGGGAGCCUUGAAGCUACUUUAAGAGGGAGAGACUACCCCAUCAGGAAUGAUAAAGUCAGCAUGGCCGUAAAUUUUCUAUCCUGUAACAAGGAGUUGGUCUUGGGUGGAAGUUUUGAGUCUGAGUUCCGUCCAUGCCGAGGUGUAAAAUUGUCUGUUAACGGUAAUAUGAAUAGCCAAAAUAUGGGGCAAAUUUCUAUCAAGACGUGUAGCUCUGAGCAUGUUCAAAUAGCUUUCAUUGCGGUAUUUACUAUUCUAAGGGCCAUUUGCCGAAAAAGGGAAUCUAAAUCAGAGCUUAGUGAAGCUCAAGUGGGAUGAUAUUAUCUUGCUUUGGCCUGCUUAGACCUGGAGAUACAGGGGCUCUUUGGCAGAAAGGCAUAAACGUGCUAUGUCUUUUGUUUUCCAGAAGUCCCAGAUAGAUGUAAGAUUCAAUAUUAGUUUAUGACGAGAUCUGAGCGAGACAUCGUAGAUGUUUGUAUAGUACAUGGAGGGUAUUCCCCAUUUUGAGCAUGAGUGUAGAAGUCAGGAGGUAAUCACAUCAUCUUAUACAUUUAUUAAUGUUGGUGUUUCAGUUAAAACUUGAUUACAUUGUAACAGUAAAUGUUGUGCUCUCUGAAAGUUUAGAGCACUUUUUUAACUUCCUUCCAGUCUGUGUUUCAAUUUUUUCUUAGUUUAGUUACUAAGUCCAACUCCAACACUCAGAAUGACUUGUAACGAGAAUAAAAUAUUGCGUGUAAACCAGGAUUAGUACUCAGUAAAUGUAGUUAGUUGCACUGUUAGGUCUAGGCGUAUAAUAUUUGUUAUCAACGAUCAGUCAUGUUGAUUGUUUUAGGUGUUGAGUCUGUUAAGAGAUUUUGUUAUUCUUCAAA